UCAGAAAUAUAUACUACAGCAGCAGUUCUGGCUAAUCCUUGGUGGACAAUUCAAGGAGGGUUAUCUGGUGUUGACCCAGGAACCCAUUCACCUACUGGUUUCAACAAACUUCACAACACAAACCUUACGAUCAACGAGAAUCGCGAUGAAGAAGAAGAAGACGACGAUGACAACAGAGAUGAGCCGAGAGAAGGCGCGGUUGAUGUUGGAAACCGGAGGCCAAGAGGAAGACCACCUGGAUCUAAAAAUAGACCUAAACCUCCUAUCUUUGUUACAAGAGAUAGUCCAAAUGCUUUGAAGAGCCAUGUGAUGGAGGUGGCUGGUGGAGCUGAUAUAGCAGAAAGUGUAGCGCAAUUUGCAAGGAGGCGUCAACGGGGUGUUUGUGUUCUCAGUGGAAGUGGCUCGGUGGCUAAUGUUACUCUUAGACAACCUUCAGCUCCUGGUGCUGUUGUAGCACUUCAUGGUAGGUUUGAGAUCUUGUCCUUAACGGGAACGUUUCUACCUGGUCCUGCUCCACCAGGUUCAACUGGUCUAACAGUGUACCUGGCUGGAGGUCAGGGCCAGGUAGUCGGAGGUUGUGUUGUUGGAGCUCUUGUUGCAGUUGGGCCUGUUAUGCUUAUUUCCGCUACUUUUACUAACGCGACUUAUGAAAGACUUCCACUCGAAGAUUCUGAUAAUGAUAAUGACAAUAACAACGAAGGGCCUAGUUCAGCGGCCGCCAUGCAAGGAGCAGCGUUAGGUGGUGGAUCUCCUCCACCCGGAAUCGGUCAUCAGUUGCAAGGUGGAAUUCCAGAUCCAUCUUCUAUGCCGAUGUAUAAUUUGCCACCGAAUUUGUUGCCUAAUAAUGGAGGGCAGAUGGGACAUGAGGCCCUUGCUUGGGCUGCUGCUCAUGGAAGGCCACCUUAUUAAGAUGAACUGUCUGAAUUAGAUCUGUGAAUUUGUUAUCUUGUAUUUUGAAGGGUAGGUAUUGGAAAACGUUAGAGAGGUGCUGAGUUUAAGAAACUGUGAAGAAGAAUGAAGCAUGCUUCUUAGUAAUAGUGAUGUGUAUAUGGAUUAUGAACUUCUUUUUGUUCUUUUUUAUUUCUCUUUUGCUUCUGUGGUUUGAAUAAAAAAUGAUGACUGUGAGUGUCUUUUU